AUGCUCAUUCUCAUCGCUAGUAUUACCGGAAUAGUAGGACAGGAAUGCGCCAGGGCGGCCUUCAGGGCUGGCUACCAGGUCCAUAGCCUGGCCAGGAAGCCCAACAAGCUGUCCAAAUUCUUUUCCGAGCAAUUGGAGACUUUCGUCAAGAUGAAGGACAUCUAUGAAAUCCCCGCCCUGGAUGAAGCAGUCAAAGAUGUUGACGCCAUCAUAUCUGCGGUCCGCUUCACGUCCUUAUCCAUAGUUGACGGGAAAAUUCUCCUUCUGAGAGCGGCAGAGAGGGCCGGUAUGAAGAUCUUCCAUGCAGCUUCUUGGAACUACGACUGGACGAGGGUGCAGCUUGGCAACUGCGAGAGCUACGACUCUUACAUUGUCUUCCACAACCAUAUUCGUCUCAGCUCCUCCAUCAAACCCAUAUAUGGGUUCACGGGGCCCGUUGUCGAUUUCCUCUUUCACCACGCGUCGCACAGAAAUCUGGUCCAUGCAAACGCUAAGACCCUAUCAUUCUAUGGACUGCUAGGCCGAGCGUACGAAGGAGUCUAUGGCGUCUUGUUGGAGCCCAAACACCUCGGAAGCAUCGGGGACUUGGACCGCAUAGUGGAGCAGGCUCGCGCUAGCAUUUACCCUCAGCGCUAUCUCGAGUACGUCGGCUGGGUAUCCCUGAGGCUUCAGUUCAGGGGUGUCUUGGACUAUGAGAGCGUUGACAGCCAACGCUGGAACCAUAUUAAGCGGACCGGACUGCAGGAAUGGCUCGAAAAAGACUGA